AUCCGCUCAUCGAUUUCUCUCUCUCUGGUCGGCCCUCUCUUCUUCUUUCUCUCCCCAUUUCCUGCACCCUUAACCCUCGAUCUCCACCUCCGCCGCCGCAGCUUCUAUCUCCAUCGCGCCUCCCGUCCCUCUACACGCGAUGCGACUCGCCAAUUGAUUCAUGACUCACGCAAAGAGGUCUUUCUCGAAUACGAGCGGCUGUAGUACCACCAGCUCCGGCGGAGUCCUCGGAAGCCCCCUAUCCCCUACAGCGGCCGCCUCUUCGUCGAUGAAAAAAGCCAAAUCACAGCAGGUAGGGCCAGCGUCCGAGAGAGAGAAGAACGGCCUCCACCCACACACCGAACGCUUCGAUGCGCAGGCAGCCGCGGUGGUUGAUGAGGAGGAGAGCAUGUUCAUCGACCAGGAAGAACUGAAGGGAGGCGCUUCUGCGGUGGCUAUUGCCACCACCGGUGUGGCGUCCAAUCUCUCCAGGAAGAAGGCAACUCCUCCUCAGCCCUCUUCCAAAAAGCAGCUUGUCAUCAAACUCAUCAAGGGAAAGCCUACCCUGCCAGCAAACUUCGAGGAAAAUACAUGGGCAACUUUAAAGUCUGCUAUUACAGCUAUAUUUCUGAAGCAGCCAGAUCCCUGUGAUUCUGAGAAGCUUUAUCAGGCAGUCAGUGACCUUUGCUUGCACAAAAUGGGAGGAAAUCUUUAUCAACGUAUUCAGCAUGAAUGUGAAGGGCACAUUUCUGCCAAACUACAUUCAUUAGUUGGUCAAAGCCUUGAUCUGGUUGUGUUCUUAUCAUUGGUAGAAAAAUGCUGGCAGGAUUUUUGUGACCAGAUGUUGAUGAUUCGCGGUAUAGCACUAUAUCUUGAUAGAACACAUGUUAAGCAAACUCCAAAUGUUCGGUCUUUGUGGGAUAUGGGGUUGCAGUUGUUUCGCAGGCAUUUGUCACUGUCUCCGGAAGUUGAGCGGAAAAUUGUUGCUGGUCUUCUAGAGCUGAUUGAGAGAGAAAGACUAGGUGAAGCUAUUGAUAGGACGGUGCUUGGUCAUCUUUUAAAGAUGUUUACUGCUCUAGGCACUUAUGCAGAAAUCUUUGAGAAACCCUUUCUUCAAAGUACUUCUGACUUCUAUGCUUCUGAGGGUGUUACAUACAUGCAACAGUCCGAUAUUCCAGACUACUUGAAACACGUGGAGCUGAGGUUACAUGAAGAACAUGAGAGGUGCAUGCUCUACUUAGAUGCAAACACAAGGAAGCCACUUAUUGCUACCACAGAGAAACAACUUAUGGAACGACAUACAUCUUCUAUUCUUGACAAAGGGUUCACAAUGCUCAUGGAUGCAAAGCGUGUUGAUGACCUUAAAAGGCUAUAUACUCUUUUCCUGAGGGUGAAUGCCCUUGAGUUGCUAAGACAGGCCCUAGGAUCAUACAUCAGGGGCACAGGACAGGGUAUUGUUAUGGACGAAGAGAAGGACAAAGAUUUGGUUUCAUGUGUCUUGGAUUUUAAAGCAUCUCUUGAUACAAUAUUGGAGGAAAGUUUCUCGAGAAAUGAAGCUUUUUCAAAUACCAUAAAGGAUUCCUUUGAACAUCUAAUAAAUCUUCGUCAGAAUAGACCGGCAGAACUGAUUGCAAAGUUCUUGGACGAGAAGCUUCGUGCCGGCAACAAGGGUACUUCUGAAGAAGAGUUGGAGGGCACCCUUGAUAGAGUUUUGGUCUUAUUCAGAUUCAUACAAGGUAAAGAUGUUUUUGAGGCAUUUUAUAAGAGAAAGAGUGCAUCAAUUGAUGCUGAAAAAUCGAUGAUAUCAAAAUUGAAGACCGAGUGUGGUAGCCAGUUCACUAAUAAAUUGGAAGGAAUGUUUAAGGAUAUUGAACUAUCAAAAGAAAUAAAUGAUUCUUUCAAACAAUCAUCCCAAGCCAGAAUUAAACUUCCAAGUGGUAUUGAGUUAAGCGUUCAUGUUUUAACAACAGGGUAUUGGCCUACUUAUCCGCCAAUGGAUGUUCGACUCCCCCAUGAACUAAAUGUUUACCAGGAUAUAUUUAAGGAGUUCUAUCUAAGCAAGUAUAGUGGAAGACGCCUGAUGUGGCAAAAUUCACUUGGUCAUUGUGUUUUAAAAGCAGAAUUUCCUAAGGGUAAAAAGGAGCUAGCGGUGUCCUUGUUUCAGACCGUAGUCUUGAUGCUGUUCAAUGAUGCUCAAAAGCUCUCCUUUCAAGAUAUUAAGGAUUCUACUGCUAUUGAAGAUAAGGAGCUUAGAAGAACCUUGCAGUCGCUUGCAUGCGGCAAGGUUCGUGUUCUGCAAAAGAUCCCAAAAGGACGAGAAGUAGAGGAUGAUGACACAUUUGUAUUCAAUGAUGAAUUUAGUGCACCAUUGUAUCGUAUAAAGGUAAAUGCAAUUCAAAUGAAGGAAACAGUAGAAGAAAACACAAGCACCACAGAACGAGUAUUCCAGGAUCGCCAAUAUCAGGUUGAUGCUGCUAUUGUUCGUAUCAUGAAGACGAGAAAAGUUCUUAGCCACACACUUCUAAUAACUGAACUCUUCCAACAGCUUAAAUUUCCAAUAAAACCCGUUGAUUUGAAAAAGAGAAUAGAGAGCCUUAUUGAUAGGGAGUACCUGGAGCGAGACAAGAACAAUCCCCAGAUUUACAACUACUUGGCCUGAUUCUCUUUUCUCUAUGCUUCGGAAGAUAACACUUCCGAUGCUCUUCUUUGUUCAGUGCUUGUCUGAGACUCUGCUCUCAGAACUGUCACGGCUGCACCGCCGCCGUGGCUCCAUCAAUGUACAGUGAUAACAAAAUUUUCCCAAAUUUUUUUUCUUCCCCAUCCUUCUUCCAUCUUUCUUUUGUUAAAUGGAUGAUCGCAAAUUGCUUUAAAAAAAAAUGUUACAAUCACCUUAGAAUCA